GGAGCGCAGAGCUCAGAUCAGAGAGGGGAACACGGACUAGUUCUGGCGCUGCGCCUUUUUGGUUUUUACGCACGGUGAAAAGUGUCACAGCGCAGGUUAUUGGGUGAUUAUUGGGCAGAAAUAGACGAAGUUAUAUGACGAAGUCCUGAUUUAGUUUCCCCAAGACAGCCUUGUCUUCAGGUGAACAUUCCGUAGAGGAGGUUAAGCCUUUCUGAAACUUUAUCUCGUUUACUUUGGCACCGUUGACUUUGUUGCGCAAUGAAUUAACCACCCGGAGCUUUUAGUGAGACUUCUUAUAAGGUAACAUGGAUAUUUUAUUCAAUACCACCGAUGCGCCAGAUUUGACCAACACCACCAAUAACGGGACCGAGUACUGGAACCAGUUCGUGCAGCCGGUCUGGAGAAUCGUGCUCUGGGCCAUUGCGUACAGCUGCAUAGUUAUCGUGUCCGUUGUAGGCAAUCUAACAGUGAUCUGGAUUAUUAUGGCGCAUAAACGCAUGAGGACCGUCACCAAUUAUUUCCUGCUGAACCUGGCGUUCGCCGAAGCCUCCAUGUCCGCCUUCAACACGGUCAUCAACUUCACCUACGCCGUGCACAACGAGUGGUACUUCGGACUGGUCUACUGCCGCUUCCACAACUUCUUUCCCAUCGCGGCUGUCUUUGCCAGCAUCUACUCCAUGACCGCCAUCGCUCUGGACAGGUACAUGGCCAUCAUCCACCCUCUGCAGCAGCGCAUGUCAUCCACAGAGACCAAGGUGGUGGUGGGAGUGAUCUGGGUGCUGGCUCUGCUCCUGGCCUUCCCUCAGUACUACUACUCCAACACAGACCAGCUCCCCGGCCGCGUGGUGUGCUACAUCGACUGGCCCGAAUACAGCCCGUGUGACUUCAAAAAGAUGUAUUAUGUGUGUGUGGCCAUCCUCAUCUACUUCCUUCCUCUGCUGGUGAUGGGCUGUGCUUAUCUGGUGGUGGGACUGACCCUCUGGGCCAGUGAAAUCCCCGGAGACUCUUCUGACCGCUACAAGGAGCAGCUCACAGCAAAACGCAAGGUGGUGAAAAUGAUGAUUGUAGUGGUGUGUACGUUUGCCAUCUGCUGGCUCCCCUACCACGUCUACUUCCUGCUGCACCAGUUCUUCCCUGCGAUGUUUGAAGAGCAGUUUAUCCAGCAGGCUUACCUGGCCAUCAUGUGGCUGGCUAUGAGCUCCACCAUGUACAACCCCAUCAUCUACUGCUGCCUCAACGACAGGUUCCGUGCUGGUUUUAAACAAGCCUUCCGCUUCUGCCCCUGCGUCCCUCGAGGCUCUUACGAAGGCCUUGAACUCAAGUCCACUCGCUACCUUCAGACCCAGACAAGCGUUUACAAGGCCAGCCGGAUGGAAACCACCGUGUCCACUGUCCUCCAGGUUGGGGACGACAUGGAGCAGCCCAAGUUCAAGGCAGUGGCAGGUCCACGGCCAAGUGGAGCGGUGCCCGGGGCCAGACCACACAGCUCCUCCCUGGACCUCACCUCCAACGGGUCGUCCUCCCGGAGCGUCUCCAAAACUCUAUCGGAGACGUCAAGUUUCUACUCCAGUAACAACUUGCAGGAACCAACCUCGAACACAGGUGGCAUUUUGCCAGACUGCAGGGAGAGAGAGUGAGUUGAUGUUCACAUAGCUG